CGAUAGCUAUACGUGCAACGUGGACAAAACGCAGAGACAAAAUACAAGGCUGAGAUGACGGUUGGGGUAGGCGCUGACCACGUGACUACAGCGGUUGCUGCAACGUGACCGUCACGUUAACCGCGCGCGCCGCGGUGGGAAGAUGAGCCUGAUCCGGUGGGGGAGGAUGGGUGGAUGGAGGACGAGGGAUGGGAGACGGGCGAGGAGGAGGAGAAACGAGACGAGUGAGGGAUCGGGCAACGAGGGGAGGAGAGAAACACACAGCGCUUCGGCGUACCGACUGCACGCGACUCGAGCCGCUUUUCGACGACCUCUACACCGAACCAGCCUGCAGUGGCUACAACCAGACAGGAAACUAUGUCACAUGCGGAGACCGCCGAGGAGAUCGGACACUACGGACAACAUAGUAGAGGUGCCCGCCUAUGGGCUAGCGCGUCUUGGUACUACAUAGUUACCUGCUGCGCGAAUAAAAUGCAGAGACAAAAAAAAAAAAAAAAA